CGCAUUGAAUUAGAAAAUUUGGAAAAAUCAAAAAUUCAUCGUCAAUUGGAUCAGCAAAAAUUUGUUGAACGAAAGCAAAUUGAACAACAUAUUCAAAAUUCUCAAGAAUUACGUUUAGAGCGCUCGAGAAAGUUGUUGGAAGAAUGUGCAAUAGGUCGCAACGAGCAAAUUCAACAAAAAUUCUUGCAGCAAUCGGCCGAAGCCAAAGAAAAUGCGUCUAUCGUUCAAGAAGCAAGACGUAGACUACUUGAAGAAAUUCAAAAUGAAACAGAAGCUAAUAUAAUCGAUAAACAGAAGAAAAGUUGGGAGGCUAGACAAGAGUUGGAAAGGAAAUUCACACGAAAAAUUGAAGAACAAAAGAAAAAUGAGACUGAACUUGAAACCGAACGAAAACUACAACAACAAACCGAUGAAGCGUUCAAAAAACGCGAAAUGGAAAUUAAAAAGAAUAAACUACAAGAAAUUCAGAGACAACAAGAAUUUCUCAGGUUUCAAAUUGAAACACGGAAAAAAGACGAAGAAUAUCAGCGACAGCUAGCAAUCCAACAUGAUAAAAUGAUAGCCGAACUUAAUUGGAAACAAAUGCAAAAAGAAGCUAACGAAGCCGAACAGGCUAAAAAGAAACAAAAUGAAGAAAACGUGAAGUUUAUUGAUUUUUUCAAUCGAAUACGAUCGGAUAAAAAAGAUAUCCACACCGAUCUUGUUGAUCUACAAAAAUUAAGUUCCAUAAACGAUGAAAUAGAAGCAAAUGCUGAAGCAGAACGACAAGAGAAGAAAAAAUAUCUUAAUAAAGAAUUAAUGAAGGAAUUUAUAAAAAAUUUGGAAGAAAAAGAUACGGCAAAAAGACUGGAGAAGGAAAUGGACAUUUAUUCAUUUGAAGAGACUCAGAAGCAAAAUGCAGAAUAUGAGCAAAUGAUGGCCAUUAGAAGAGCCCAAAAUCGUGCCCAAUUUGAAAAGGACCUUAAAGAUCAAAUUGAGUUUAAAAAUAUGGAAAUGGCCUAUAAUAUUGAACAAGAUGCUAAGUUUCGACAGAAAAUGGAUGAUAUGGAUAAAGCAUCAUGUAAUUUAACCAAAAAAUUGCUCAAUGAAGGUAUCGACUCUAUUCUACCAAAACAUCCAUUUUACCGAUGCCUUUUGGACAAGGAAUAAAUUCAAUUUCAUUCAAAGCACUAUUCUUAAAAAUACAAAUCCAAUAAUCC